CCCUGCGAGCCUUCUCUUGCCGGACGUUGCGAGGCCGCUACGCCUCUGGCGAGAGCUGGGUCCGGGCUCCGGCUGGGCGCGGCCACUAGUGGAGUCUGGCGCAGCCCCGCUGGGGUCAGGUCCGGCCUGUUCUGGUGUGCGUCACCUAGCCUGUGCCGCAGGAAAGGCUCCGUCUGGCAAGGGGCCUUCGAGUUGCGUUUUCUGAACGGUGCCCGAAGCCUUUACCCUCAGUGUUGCAUGCGGACGAAUUUGAACGAAGUGGCGAGUAGCACCGAAGGCACCCACGGUACACGCUGCGGCCAGACUCCCUGGGGCAGAGCGUCGACUCCUCCUUUAGCCCUGAGGCCGCGAACCAGGGCGGAGGCUGCACCUGCGCUGGGGCGCCGCAGUCCUCUGCAGACCUGGGAGGCCCAGCAGCCCUGGGGCUCAGGUCGGUGCUGGGGUGCUGGCUGGGGCCUGGCUGCGCCCUGCCCUCUCCUCCAGGCCCGGCCCUGCUCAGCCUCCUCCCCAGGUCUCUUGGGCCCUAGCCGUGCACAGGUCCUCGGAAGCCUCGUCCUGACGCUGAAGCAGUUCUGGCUCCUUGCGUAGACUCCUGGCUCCCCGUGAAUGGCACUGUGUGGGACUGAGCUCCCGGGGGUGACCCGUGGGCCUCUUGACCCUCUGAGUUUGAGACGGGUUUUCUCUAAGGCCUGCAAUUGCACAGGUGGCAUCAUCCAGGGCAUGUCCUGUCCUUGUCCCUGUCCCUGUCCCUGUCAUGGUGUCUUCACUGUUUUGUGCACUGCAGUUGGAAUAAGCGUGUUGUAAGUGCAGACCUGGUGGUGCUCUGCCUGCAGCCAUCAGGCUAGCCUGCACCAGGUGUCUUGUUACAGUGACGGAAAAGAGCAAAUGCAAAUGAUGUGCAGAUCAGUCGCCUCCUUGCCCUCUUCUCUCCUGGUAAAGACUUAUCUUCCCUUUACCCUGGCUACUGCCUCACCCCAUUUUCCUCCUGACGGGUGACAAGCAUCAGUGUGUCGCUGGUCUGUCCCUGACAGGGAGAAGGAGGACUCUAGGGGCCACCUUCCCACAAUGUGCUCAAGGCCUAGGUCUCUGCAGUGAGGGUUGGGGAUGGGGACAGGUGACGCCUGCCUGGGAAGGGUCACUGGAGAUGGAGAACAGGGGAGACCUGAGAUGUCUUCUGUUACAGCCGAUUAGGGAGCAGAGCAGGGACAUAGGGAAGAGGGAUUGAGGUUUCCUUUCAGCCUUUUAGGAGACACUGGAGUCUCAUCUGCUUUCCUGAGCAGUCCUGGGAGGAUGGUGGAUAGGGCUGAUGAUGCGUGGGUCUCCCGCUCCCUGGACGCUGAGAGGGCACACGGGCUCAUUCCUCGCCCAGCAUGGCAUCCGUGUCCAGAGGUGGCCCUCCCGGGGGAGCUGUCCGUCCCAAGGCCAAGGCCGCCAAGCUGCUGGAGGUUCUGAGUGCCCUGGAGGGGGCCAGCGCUGGCGGUGCCAAGGAGAUUUUCAUCGCGCCUCCCGACAAUGCUGCGGGCACCUUCACUGACGAGGACUCGGGGGAGGAGGACAGCAGGCGCGGGCCCCGGCUUCCCGGCAGCGUGCUGCACGCCCGUGUCGUGUCUGAGGGCUCGGGCAGCGGGGAGCACAGCGACGAGGUAGCGCUGCCCCUGUCCCCGAAGAGGCAGAACGUGGAAAUGGAGGUUCAGCGCGUCUGGACCAAGAGAGACAUCCGGCCGGACUUCGGCAGCUGGAUGGCGCCAGACCCUCACAUCGAGGACCUCAAGCGCCAGGAGCUGAGUCCCGUGGGCCUCUUUGAGUUGUUCUUUGAUGAAGGAACGAUUAAUUUUAUUGUUAACGAGACCAAUCGGUACGCGUGGCAGAAAAGCGUCAGGCUGGGGCUCACCAUCCAGGAGCUGAAGUGUGUUCUGGGCGUGCUGAUUCUGAGCGGCUACGUCUCCUACCCCAGGAGGAGGAUGUUCUGGGAGACCUCUCCGGACUCCCACCACCACCUCGUGGCCGAUGCCAUCCGCAGGGACAGAUUCGAGCUGAUCUUCUCCUAUCUACACUUUGCAGACAGCAGCGAGCUGGACGAGAGCGACCGGUUUGCAAAGGUCCGGCCGCUCAUUGUGCGCAUGAACUGCAACUUCCAGAAGCAUGCGCCGCUGGAGGAGUUCUACAGCUUCGGAGAGUCCCUGUGCGAGUACUUCACGCCGCGCGGCUCCCGGCGGCCACCCUCAGCGCGGCUGGGCCACAGGAUCUGGUGUGGCACCACCAGCAGGGGCUACCUGGUGUGGUUCGAGCCCUCACAGGGCACGCUGUUCACCAAGCCGGACAGGGGCCUGGACCUGGGCGGCAGCAUGGUCGUCAGGUUCGUGGACGCGCUGCAGGCGCGGGGCUGCCUGCCCUACCACAUCUUUUUUGACAAGGCUUUCACGAGCGUCAAAUUGAUGUCCGUUUUGAGGAAGAAGGGCAUUAAGGCUACAGGAACAGUUCGUGAGCACAGGACGGACCGGUGCCCCCUCCAGGAUCCCAAGGAGCUGAGGAAAAUGAAGAGGGGCUCCUUCGACUACAAAGUGGACGAGCGCGAGGAGAUCAUCGUGUGCCGCUGGCACGGCAGCAGCGUGCUCAACGUGUGCUCCAACGCUGUGGGCGUCGAGCCCGUGCGGCUGGCCCGCCGGCACGUGGGUGCAGCCAGGGCGCGGGCGCAGGCCCACCAGCCAUCGCUGGUGAAGCUGUAUCAGGAGAAGGUGGGCGGCGUGGGCCGGCUGGACCAGAACAUCGCCAAGUACAAGGUGAAGAUCCGGGGCCUGAAGUGGUAUUCGAGCUUCCUCGGCUACGUCAUUGAUGCCGCCCUGAACAACGCGUGGCAGCUGCACAGGAUCUGCUGCCCCGACGCGCAGGUGGACCUGCUGGCCUUCCGCAGGUACGUGGCCUGCGUGUACCUGGAGAGCAACGCUGACACGUCCUCGCAGGGCCGGCGGGGCCGGCGCCUGGAGACCGAGAGCCGCUUCGACAUGAUCGGGCACUGGAUCAUCCACCAGGACAAGAGGACGCGCUGCGCCCUCUGCCACUCGCAGACCAACACGCGGUGCGAGAAGUGUCAGAAGGGCGUCCACGCCAAGUGUUUCAGGGAGUACCACACCCGCUGAGCUGCGGGCGCUGCCACUCGCCGGGGCGUGGAGCCCGGGAGCUGCAGCUGCGCUCGUGCGGGCAGCAAGGCUGUGUUCUGUUGACCGGGCUGUGUGUUUCCUCUCCCUUCCCAUUAUAAUUGUCUGUUUUCCUGUAUGCUGUUGGGCCGACCUGCAGUAUAAAUUAAUAUUUAUGUUAUUAUGACUAAAUGUUUACAAAUCUGUGUUUUAUACUGAUAUUUAUUUAAAUGUAUUCAAAUAAAAUUUUGCUUUGGGGUAAAUUUGAGUUCUAGUAAGGAUAAUCAAAGAACUUAGAUAAACAAUAAAAGGACUAUACUACUAUGCUUCAUGAUUUAUAAUCUAAGGUGUAGGCAGUACUAUAUUAAUACCGUAGUGGUACAAUGAAGGGUUUGUUAGUGGUAUUUAUCUCCCAUAACGUCAGGCUGUCCGACUCUCCAUAGGUAGGUAGUCUGCCUUGCAUUUGUUGAAAAAGCUAGAGUUGUAGAGUUCACGUUUUUUGAUAAGAAUAUUUUUCCUAGUUACAUAUACCCAUGCAGAACCUAUUUUUAUAAAUAUCAUUUGGUAGGGAUCCUCUUAUUCCCUAAAUGACUUGUUAAAAGGGAAAUUUUUUUUUAUUGAUUUAAGUUUAAAGUUUUCUGAACUUAGAAGGAGCAUAUUGAAAUAAGAAAAUAGUUUUAUGUUUGGUAGGUUCCAGCACUCUAGGAGGCUAAGGCAG